UGGCGCUCCCUUCUCUCUCUCGCCCUUUUUUUCUCUCCCUUCUUCUUCUUCCUCUGUACCGAACUCUUGUUCUAGAGAGAGAAACCAUUUUUCGAGUGAGAGAGACGAACUUCAUAUUCGAAUUGUUUUGUUCUUCUUUCUGGAAGCAAUUUUGAAUUUUUGGCUCGAAACUCCAGUUUCUGUGUCAGUGUUCCACUACUCUGCAACGAGAAAUGGGUAGCAACGAAGAAGGAAAAUCCACAAAGUCUGAUAAGCCAUCACAAGCUGCUCCUGAGCAAAACAAUGUUCAUGUGUACCAUCAUGAUUGGGCUGCUAUGCAGGCAUACUAUGGCCCUAGAGUUGCCAUACCUCAAUAUUACAACUCAAAUGUGGCGCCUGGUCAUGCUCCACCCCCUUAUAUGUGGGGUUCUCCAUCGCCAAUGAUGUCUCCUUAUGGAGCACCAUAUCCACCAUUUUGCCCUCCUGGUGGAGUUUAUGCUCAUGCUGGUGUUCAAAUGGGCUCACAAUCACAAGGUCCUGUUUCUCAAGCCACACCUGUUGUUACGACUCCUUUGAACAUGGAUGCUCCAGCUAACUCACCUGGAAACACGGAUCACGGGUUCAUGAAAAAAUUGAAAGAAUUCGAUGGACUUGCAAUGUCAAUAACCAAUAAUAAAGUUGGAAGCGCUGAACAUAGCAGUGAACCUAGGAAUUCUCAGAGCUCCGAGAAUGAUGAUUCUAGCAAUGGUAGUGAUGGGAAUACAACUGGGGGAGAACAAUCCAGAAAGAAAAGAAGCCGGGAAGGAUCACUAACCAAUGAUGGAAAACCUGCAGCUCAAACUUCUGCUCCUUUUAGAGAUGAAAAUGAGAAACCCGCAGCGACCAUGGUGACUCCUAUUAUCCCCACAGCAAUGGAUUUCCCACAGCCGUUCCAUGGUGCGCCCCAUGAAGUCUGGAAUGAAAAAGAGGUUAAACGAGAGAAGAGAAAACAGUCAAACCGAGAAUCUGCUAGAAGGUCGAGACUGAGGAAGCAGGCUGAAACUGAAGAACUGUCUGUCAAAGUUGAUGCACUAGUAGCUGAGAACAUGACUCUGAGGUCGAAAGUAGGCCAACUAAACGAUGAGUCUGAGAAGCUACGGCUGGAGAACGAAGCUUUAUUGGAUCAACUGAAAGCUGCGCAGACGCAAGUAACUGGGAAAACAGAGAACCUUAUCUCUCGAGUUGAUAAGAACAACUCGGUAUCAUCUAGUAAGAAUGUGGAACAUCAGCUGCUAAAUGUAAGUCUAAGAACCGAUUCUGUCGCGGCUAGCUGACCGUGGCCCAAAAGUGAGAAACCCUUUUAUAUCUUCUUACAUGGUUCUUAUUGUAACUGAAACAGAAGUUUUUACUCUCUUAGAAUUUCGUAGUUUUCUCUGCAUUGUGAGCAGAAACUGAUGUAAUAUCCUUAACCAGAUGAGAUUCAAUGUGGUCUGGUGUGCUGCGACCACUUGAUUGGUGAUAGAUAGGUUUAAUUAUUGUAAGCGAAUGGAUUAGAGAUAGGAGAAGACGUAUUUGAUGAUCUUUCGCUUCGUAAUCGUUUGUGUAUUCCAUUGUUUAAUA